UUUAAAACUCCCUAUUUUACUUAAUGUAUAAGUCCGAUUAGCUCUCGUUUUCUCUCACAUGUUCACGCGAGAGAGAACUUCAUUCUCAUUUUCAUGAUGGCGAGACCUCUGGAUUACAGCCGAUGGGAUCACAUCGAGGUGUCAGAUGAUGAGGAUGAGACUCAUCCUAACGUGGACACGCAGAGUCUCUUCAGAUGGCGCCACCAGGCCAGGGUGGAGCGCAUGGAGGAACAGAAGAAAGAGAGGCAGGACUUAGAACGGGGUUCAGUUGACACCAAAAGGAAGCUAGAGGAAGCCAGGAAGAAGUUAGAAGACCUGUCAGCUUGUGCUGAAGCAGAGACAAAAGAAGAGGUUGAGGCACAGGUGUUGAAGCUGCAGAUGGAGAUGAGUGAGCUACAGAAACAGGAGAAAGAGUGGAAACAGAAGGAGGAGGAACUCACCAAGAAGGAGAAGCUGACACCAUGGAAUGUGGACACCCUCAGUAAAGACAAGUGGGAGAAAACAGUCAUCAAUAAGAAACCUGCCAAGAAGGCGGACCCAACAGAGGAUGAGAAGGAGGAGAUGCAGAGAACGUUUGUGGAGAAGAACGAGAAGCUGUGUAAGAAGUUUGGGAUGUUUAAGAAGUAUGAUGACUCCAUGCAGUUUCUGGGGGACCACCCGGAGCUGGUGUGUGACGAGUGUGCAAACUACCUGGCCAUCUGGUGCAUCAACCUGCAGGUGGAGGAGAAAACUGCCCUGAUGGAACAAGUAGCCCACCAGACUAUCAUCAUGCAGUAUAUCCUAGAGUUAGCCAAGAGCCUGGACGCAGACCCCCGGGCGUGUGUCAAGCCUUUUUUCUCAAGAAUCAAAACAGCAGACAAGCAGUACACAGAUGCUUUCACUGAUGAACUGGAGUCCUUCAAAGUCAGAGUCAGAGGCCGAGCAGAGGCUCGCAUCGAGAGAGCCAUGAAAGAAGCAGAAGAGGAGGAAAGACAAAAGAGACUGGGACCAGGGGGCCUGGAUCCCGUCGAAGUCUUUGAAUCUCUUCCACAGGUGUUGAAGGAUUGUUUUGAGAAGCAGGACAUCCCCAUGUUACAGAAGGCCAUCACUGAGCUGCCCGAGGAGGAUGCCAGACAUCACAUUGACAGGUGUAUCAAGGCAGGGCUGUGGGUUCCCCAGGACACAACAACACCUCCUCCCACAGAACACACGGUUUCCCACCAAGGCACCAGACGAGAACGCGGACACGGUUUUACGGCGGAGAAAAGCGACGGAAGACGGAGAGCCGGACAGCGACCAGGAGGAAGACGAUAGUCCUGAAGACGAUAAGCCAGAGGGAUGGCAGUGUCGUAUACAGUAGUGAUUGGCAGUGGUUUCCAUGACAGCAGAACAUUUAUUUCAGCUUACUCCAUGAGUUUGCACUUCAGAAACUUGAGUAAAACUUCACAGUCCAGCCAGCAAUCCAUUUUCUUGAGAAGUGUGAGUGAAGUGAUGGAGAAAAAGUGUGGAUACUUGAAAACGCAGUUCAUGCUACACUUACUGGCAGGCAAUCAAGGAUUGUAACAGCUUUGGACUAGCCUGAAAUCUACACUCUGCUUCAUGGAAACCACGGAAUUGGUCAAUUUCAUUUUACAUUUCAAAGACUCUUUCUGUUCCAGCCCUCUCAGUUUCACUACAGCAUCCCGGAUCAAAAACAUCAAAGAAAUCUGGCUUUAUUUUCUUCCCGACGUGGAUUGUUUAUUACAAAAGUUCCUCUGUUCCCCCCAUAGAUACCACAUGAAGCGGUGUGUAGACUCAGGCCUGUGGGUACCAAACGCUAACGACAAACCACCAGAAGAAAAGCCAGCAGAGGAGGAGGAAGAAGUGUAUGAAAAAGUGCCAGAUGAUGAUGUUGAUUAGCACUUGAACUUAACAACUUAGUGGAAUUGUUACAAUAAGAUGUAGAGUUAAAAUGUGUAUGGUCACUACCACCUUCAGAUUAUAGAAUGUUUAUUUUGUAAAAGGUGUUAAAGAUGUAUGUGGUACAUGUACAUGUAGGACAACCACUCGGACACAAGGCUAUGUACAAGUACUUAAACUGUAACAGUUCAGUAACAAAAUGUAAACAUAUAACAGUAAAAAUUCGGAUUGUAUAAUCUAAGUUGCAUCAAUUACAGUAAUACAUGUGUAAGAGACAGCUACAUAUGUAAGAGACACUCACAAUUGCUCUGAGUAUAUAAUAGCCUGGGUGCCAUCUUAUGAAGUAUCCCUGGUCUUAAUCUUUUUGCAUGUUAAAUCAGUGGUUUCCAAGCAACUUGAGCUAGCAGUUACUACAGGGGAUGAUGCCCAGGCUAAGUGUAUAUGCUUUAAUCUCCAAGCAGAUCCUACGGUGAUCCUACAAGAUAGUAUCAAAGCUGCCCAAGGAGUGUAGCCGGCUAAGGGAGUCAAACGGGCACCGAAGAAGUUUGAUACUAUACAUUACGCACCGUGGAUCUGGUUGGGGAUUAUAUAUGCUUCACAAUCACAUAUUUGUGCAGUACAUGAGUGUACAAUUCAAACAAUAGUUAUUCGUUUAUUCACCUAAUGAGAAGAAAGAACUUUUCUUGAUUUUUUCCCCAAUAAUGAGGACUCAAUAUACAAGAAACUAUCAAACAGAUCUCUUGUUUUCUUACGGAAGGUUUAAUGCUGUAGUUGAUUACAGUUGUUAUGUUAUGUGUAAGUUGUCAAUGUUGGUAACUACUGUGCUUCCCUACCCUGCAGGUAAAUAAAAAGAUGCUUGUACA